CCCUGCUGUGCCAUCUCGCUCUCGCUCCGAUCCUCUCCUCUUUUUUCUCUCCUGCUGCUGCGCCCUUGCUUCCGAUCCCAUCCCACUCCCCUAUCUUUUCUCUCCCUUGCGCGCUUUGGCUGCCCGCCUGCUAUUAAACCCCCUCGCCCGCUGUACCUGUACGCAUGCAGCAGGGGGAGCGGUAUAUCGGAGAGGAACCAAAGUAGGAGUAGAGCUCCCUUUCCUAGCUUCAUAUUGCAAGUCCAAGAGACUGAUCGAUUGAGAGGAACAAGAUACAGCUAGCUGAUCGAGAUCGAUCUUAUUGGAGGAAAGAACUUCCCUUUUCUGUGCUUCGAGUUGGUGCAAGUUGCGACUUUGGUUCUCCAGCAUGCAUCGGGAGGGGAAGGAUUGAGAAUUACAAGAGGAUCGAGAACAACACGAGCCGGCAGCAGGUCACCUUCUGCAAGCGCCGCAACCGGCUCCUCAAGAAGACGUAUGAGCUCUGCGCUGUCGUCCUCGAUCUGCUACGCCGUGGUGGCGCUCAUCGUCGUCUUCUCCAGCCGUGGCCGCCUGUACGAACGAGUACGCCAACAGCAGGUGAUGUCUUCACCAGUGGAAUGGACGUCCUUUCAAACGGUUGGAAUCAGCUUCCUCCUUUGGUGGCUGCUUUCGGCUGAGAUCUUCAACAUGGGGAGGGGAAGGAUUGAGAACAAGAGGGUCGUCGAGAACAACACGAGCUGGCCGAUCACCUUCUGCAUGCGCCGCAACGGGCUCCUCAAGAAGGCAUAUGAUGAGCUCUUCGCUGUCCUCUGCUACGCCGUGGUGGCGCUCAUCGUCGUCUUCUCCAGCCGCCGCGUCCGCCUGUACGAACGAGUACGCCAGCAGGUGAUGUCUUCACCAAUGAACUGGAUGUCCUUUCGGACACUUCUGGUUGGAUACUUUCUCGUUUGGUCCAUUCUGCCGGUGGAGUCGGUUAUUAGUGACUGGGAAUUCUACUGCGGGGAACUAGUUCUCCACCGGGAGGUUUUCUUGAAUGAUGAUCCACCUAGCAGCAUCGUCAGUGCAAGAAAGGAAGAUGGCCAGAUCAACUUCAUCUCGGCAGAUCUUCCUAACAGCCAGGAAGGAACUCCUGGUAGCUGCAGUAAUUCCCAUCCCCAAUGCAAUGUUAUAUGCCUGCUCGAUCAUCUGUUUCUUUGUCUGAUGCUGAUUAGGGGACUGCUGUGCCUGAUGCUGAUUCUUCUUUUGCUGCAACUCCAAUAUGGUACCAAACAAGUUUACCUUUUGCCUUUCAAUGUCAUUGGCCUCACGUUGGUUGCUAUCCCAAGACCUAGCAUUAGAGCUCCUAGUUUUCUUGCUAGGGCUGGAGGCUGUGGAAUUAGUGCUAGAAGGCCUUUUGUGUACUUGGCUACUAGGGGUUGGAAAUCCCUGACUUGCAGGGGUUGCAAAUCCCUGACUACCAGGGGUUGCAAAUCCCUGACUUGCAGGGGUUGCACCAUCUGCCUGUACCUCAUGCUGAGCAUCCUCGUCAUCGGAGUCCUCGACUCCAAUGACAUUGGUUGCCGCACCAGUUCCAGGCCUGUAUGCAGUAGACCCAUCAACUGUCCAUCCAGCAAACAUGUCAUCAAGCUGCCCGAGGUAGUCAGGCAUGCCUCCAUCCCUUAUUUUCAGCAAAGCCUUCUUGCCCUAUAAUAAGAAUUGAACUAUUGUAAGACUGCAUGAGUAGGCUUGUAUUGAAAACCUUAAACUAUUUGCUGGUACUUUGCUCUCUUUCUCCCACCAGUCAUCAUCAGCAUAAACAUUGUAGCCACUACCUCCCAGGCCAGAAGACUUGCGCAACGAAUUGCAUAACCUCCACUCGGCCUUGAGUUCUUGCACUUUACUGUUGAACUGUUCCCUCUCAUGCACUAAACCAGUAGCCAAGAAGUACUUGUGCUUGAUGUCCUUCCAGCCAGCGCUGCUCAUGACGCCGUUGUUGUAGUUGCCGUUUUUAAUUUGGGAGUGGUAAAUGUCAAUGAAGACACGCAGUCUCUUUGGAUCCCAGCUACCCUUGUGUUUUAGUACCUAGACCAGGGAACUACUUAAAUACCAGAGAACAACUAUAUUACUAAUUACUCUAGUGCGUAAACUAAUUACCAGAUAAAUACCAGAGAACAACGAAAACUAAAUACAGAAAACUACUAAAACUACUUAAACAACUAAAUACCAGAGAACUACUUAAAUACCAGAGAACAACUAUAUUACUAAUUACUCUAGUGCGUAAACUAAUUACCAGAUAAAUACCAGAGAACAACGAAAACUAAAUACAGAAAACUACUAAAACUACUUAAACAACUAAAUACCAGAGAACUACUUAAAUACCAGAGAACAACUAAAACUAAAUACCAGAGAACUCCUAAAGUAAUCAAUCUAGUACGUAAACUAAAUACUAUAUUACUAAUUACUCUAGUGCGUAAACUAAUUACCAGAUAAGUACUUAAAUACCAGAGAAGUUCUAACUAAUUACUCUAGUGCGUAAACUAAAUGUCAUUGUAAGUAAACUCACCGGGUAGCGAAAGCCGUCCAUGCCGGGGAAGAACUGCUGCUGGUCCGGGUUGUCUUCACGGCCGGCCCUUGCAGCGCGGGGACGGGCCUUGCGAGCGUUCGCACCUCCGCCUGUGGAUCCGCGGCCACCAGAUCCGCUCGGGAUGAAGGGAGCGCCGGAUCCGCGGCCACCAGAUCCGUCCUGGCCGAAGGGGACGCCGGAGUACCCAUACCAUCCCGGAGAGGAUAUGGCCCCCCCAGAUCCUCCAGGCAUCCAAUGCAUCCGGGAGGACGACGGGGGUUGAAGGAAAACCCCGUCUGUGGGGGAGUCCUCAACGCGGCGCGGCGGAUUGAAACUCAGUGAACGUGAAGCAGAACGGGGGGGGGGGAACGGCCUGACCUAGACCGAUCUGAGUCAAAUCGGACUCGUAGUUGAUGUCCAGCGACUCCAGCCUUGGGUUGAUGCCGCUGCUGCUGCCGGCGCCGUUGAAGCUCGGACGGGGCGCCUCGACGGUGGCAUCGUUGCUGGCAUGUCCAUGAGAAGGGAUACAGUUUAGGGUUUGCGGCGGCGACGGAGGAGGAACGGCUAGGG